CCCGUCCCCGCCGCCACUCCUCACGUGACCGGCUGCAAUCCCCGACGCUGGUACCGCCCGCCGGACGGACGAAUCCCCUGCUGCGGGCCAGGGGAGGUCCCCGAGCGGCUCCUCGCCAAGGAAAGCAAGGAAUCUUCAAAGUCCCUUGCCAACGAUUUGGAUCCUGGUGCUGACAAUGUUGCCUAAGCCUGGGGUCUAUUACUUUCCCUGGGAGGUCAGUGACGGCCAUGUCCCCGAAGGAAGCACACUGCGAACAUUUGGCAGGUUGUAUCUCUAUGACAUGGCACGCUCCCUCAUGACCCUGGCAGCUCCGCAGAAACCUGAUCAGUGUCAACUGCUUGUCUGCACCAACUUGGUGGAGCCUUUUGAGGCACAUGUGAACUUCCUGUACAUGGUUCUUGGGGACCUGGAGCGAAUGGAGGGUGGAGCUUUUGUGGUGAGGGCCCGACUGCUCACCUGUGUGGAGGGGAUGGAUUUGUCCCUGUUAGAGAAAGCCAUCUUGGAGCAGAGGCGUCACCUGCAGAAGAGGCAGCAGCCAAUAGGAGACGCCAGCACCUUGCAAACCCCUACACCUGCUCCUCAAUCGAUUCCCAGUGACAGCCUUAGUCUGGAACCAGAGAACAGGGGGCAGCAGGUGCCCCUUCCCCAAACUCUGGACUGAGCAGAAAGCCCACCCAAUCUGGCCGUAGUGGCCCAUGCUGCAAUCCCAGUGCAGGCAGGGAGAGGCGGGAAGAGGUGGAGUUUAAAGCCAGUCUGAGCUACAUAACACAUAUGCCCUCUCUCUCUCAAAGAAGAAGAAGAAUGAAAAUGAAUAUGAUUCCCUACCCCAGGGCCCUGGCGCUGUGGCUUGUGAGGGAUGUGAAGGGUUCCUGAAUGCCUCAUGAAUAAAGAGUAUAAGCGUA